ACAGGCUUCCUGAGACCCAGCUGAUCGCUAUCCAUCACCGCAGAGCAGAGACUAGUCAGAGUUCCCCGCUGGUGAGAGGUAGCAGGGGUAGACAGGAGGAGGGGAGGGAAGGGAGUGACUGCUACUGAGAGUCACCAGCUGUGGAAGCUGCACAGGAGCACAGCACUUUCUCUCUGCAGCGCUCAGGACAAGGACUGGAUCCCCUCAGAACCUGUACCUUCACUGCAGUGCUCAUACUGUUACACGUUAGCCCAGCGUCUCCUAACAGCUGUACUGGAUGCGAAUACUUCUUUGAUCAGUAAAACAAAACUCACAGGAGGAGAAUGGAUUUUGUUAUGAAACAAGCUUUAGGGGGGGCAACAAAGGAUAUGGGAAAGAUGCUGGGAGGUGAAGAAGAAAAAGAUCCAGAUGCUCAGAAAAAGGAAGAAGAGAGACAGGAAGCUCUACGCCAGCAAGAGGAGGAGAGGAAGGCCAAACAUUCCAGGAUGGAAGCUGAAAGAGAGAAAGUUCGGCAACAAAUAAGAGAUAAGUAUGGUUUAAAAAAGAAAGAAGAAAAAGAAGCAGAAGAAAAGGCAGCCAUGGAGCAGCCCUGUGAAGGCAGCUUGACUCGUCCAAAAAAAGCCAUUCCAGCAGGAUGUGGGGAUGAUGACGAUGAAGAAGAAGAAAGCAUUUUGGACACCGUACUCAAGUACCUCCCAGGUCCUCUCCAGGACAUGUUUAAAAAGUAACCAUAGGCACCCAAGCGGACUUCUCUAGCCAAAAUAAUUUUCAGCUACAAAUAAUGGGACCAUCACUGGAAUCGUUGACUACAAGAGAUACAUAAAAUCACACAAAUGGAUACCAGAAACAAGCAUAAACAACCAUUAGUGUAGCCACAUCAUUUUCUGUACUGACAACAAUAAACAUACACGCAAACUUGCACACACAAAGGACACAAAACCUAAUGGCUCCUCUUCAUAAACUUUUUUUUUUGGACUCUGCCUCACGUUAUGUUACGUGGACCAAGCUUGUCACUGCUGCUCAAUAUGCUGGUCUCAGCAGUGGCAGAAAGUACAAUAGCUGACGGUUUUUGGAGCUGUAAAUUGAAUGCCCAGAACCGAGUAGAUGUAAUAGCUGGAAGAAUAGAAAAGGAUAAUGUGUGUUCCCUAUAGGUGUUUGGUAAAUUAGAGAAAAAGCUCAAGCUCUCAAUUGCUUAACUAUGAAUCAGUAAUCAUAAUUGUAUUACACUGGUUAAUAAUAAGUAUAAAUAAUAAGCUCCUCUCCCACAAGGGCAUAAAGAGAUGCAAAGUGACAGAGUUCAUAUGUUAGAUUGACAGUCCACAUUGUGAAUUAUGUUGCACACUGUGGGACAUCUGGGAGUUUGGAAUAAGUCCUGAGAUGCGUGUGGAGGAACCCUGGGGUGUUUCCAUCUGCACUGUACACUUUAUAUUGUCCAUUUAUUGCUCUUUAUUUACUCGCCUUCUCUAUACAUUGCUAAUGGACCUGUGUUGUAGAGCUUCUUUGAUUCUGAAUUUUUGCAAUAACCUAUUUCCUAAUGAAAUUGAGUCACUAUAAUGUUACCAUACAAUGAAACAACAUAUUGUGCAGCUGGAUACAAUCUGCAGGUCACUUAGCAAUAGUGAUUCUACAAUGGAAAGUAAUCUGAGACCUGGAGCGGACUCUGACAUAGACUUUGACUUGAACCCAUAGAUUUCUUUUCUAGAUUUCUAUGACUGUAAUGCUGUCUGCAUGCUUUGGAGAAAACAAGUGUUUGAUGCCUUUUUUUACAAUUGCAAGCACUGUCUGUCUUAGUUCUGUGCCUAUCACUGUAUUUACUGUUUACAUUUGUAACAUAAGGACCAGAUUAGAGCUGUGGAUCUGAUUGUGGAUACAUGUUUGUACUUUCGUAGUAAGACGUUCUCCCUAUCUUUUUUUUUUUUCUAUUAUGAGCAACUUUUUUGUAAUCAAGCCAAAGUGAGUUAUCUCUUUAUAUGUCUACAUACUGUAUGUAUUCUUGUUCUGUGUUUAUGUCUGCUGUCUAUAAGACUUACUGUAGCCAAUUUCCUCCUCUAAGACAACGUUAGUUGCCAAGGACCAAAUUACAGACACUGUUAAAAGAAUAAUUAAAGUUUAAGAUGAUUUUUUAUACAGUAUAGUUUAGAAUACAGGGUGACAUGUACUGCCUUUACUUCUUAGAAAAAGUCUGCUUAGAAACAGCUGUCUUUUGCUAAUUGUACAUUCCUGAUUAAUGCAUAUUGCCAUAUCUCUGAGGAAGCCUAUACCUCAAAGUCACUGACUUUGUACAUUCCCCUCUCGUGUGGCUUGUAAAUUUAGUUCAUUCUGCACUCAACAAUGAUAAUAGUUUACAAGACAUAUUGUUAGUCAAACAAGGUAAUGCCUUUUCAUUGUUCGUAUAUACACCAUUAUGUGCACUUUGAAAUUGAUCAUCAUAGUGGCUUCCAGCUGGCAAAAAUAAAUUGCAGACUACUGUAAGGUAAUCAAUACUUGGUAGUUAUAAAAAAUAAAUUGUACUUAAGUAUUUUUUUCCAAUUUGUUUACCUUUCACAUUGUAUACUUUCCAAAAUGAUAGGUUUGUAUAAACUUUAAUAGAUUUUAAUAUAUACAUUUAUACCCCAAGUCAGAACAGGACACUAAUAGGUGCAUAGUAUAACAUUCCAGAUACAGUAGUCCAAAGUAGUUUACCUGUAGGCCAGUACCUCACAGAAUCACAAGUUAAAUAAUUAGCUCCACCUGUGGACCUUUUAAAAUGUGUCAGUGAGUAAUUAAUACACCUGUGCACCUGCUGGGUUACCUGCAAAACAUGCACUGUGUGGGGUCCUGAGGACCGAGUUUGAGAACCCCUGUUUUAGAUAAUAAACUACAGACUUUAACUGAAUAGCGUAAUAACAAUGGUUGCAUGAUAUGAAGCCACCACAUAUUUCCAUUUCUAUCAAGUGAAUGUUUAUCAUCACAAUAAAGUAUAAUAAUAAAGAAUUUUAUUCACAAAUAGGGUUUGUAUAUAUUUCAAUGAGUACACUUGUAUAAUUUACAAAAAAAAAACACUUGAAAAAAAUUAGAAAACAUACUGAAAAUGCAAUGAAACAAUAAACAGGAGAAAGGGACCGUUACACUGUACAGGACAGGAUUUUAAAUUAAUAUAUUGAAUAUGUUUAAAUAUAUACAUUUAGAAGUAAAAUCAAGAGUUACACUUAGAAUUUAAAAGCUGGAAUGGUCUUUGCUAACAUUUAUGUGUAUAUGUUAUCUGUGUGUGUGUGUAUAUAGUAUGUCUAUGUCAGGUAUGUACGUACGUACGUACGUACAGUACAUACGUACGUACGUACGUACGUACGUACAGUACAUACAUUGAGAAGUUCUUUGUUACCAUUUCUAUUUCCUGUGUGUGUUUAUUGUCCCAUCCUAUAACCUUCAGUAAAGUGUUAUGUUUCAUACAUGCAUGCUUCUGUAUCACAGUGAUAACAAGCUGCCGUGUCACAUGACUGGCCAACAACCAGCAGUGACCUGUUCUGUAGGAGAUAAAGCCAUACUGCCAUUAUUUAAUGUCUUGCAAAGUCUGUUUUGUAUAUGUUUAUUCUUUUAUGCAACUAUAUGGAAUUCAACCAACUAUCUAAAGGUUCUUUUGGGGACAAAUAUAAAAUAUUUGAAACCUUUGAGUUGGGAAUGUGAUAUAAAUAUACUAUAACAGAGGAAAUAUACAACUUUUUCUUUUUUCCUAAGUAUAAACAUAGUGUAGAAGAUGAGUACUUCAAUUUGUUUCAGUCUCAUAUAUAUAUAUAUAUAUAUAUAUAUAUAUAUAUAACAACUCUGCGGUCCACAAACCGUAAUUAUGAUUCAUUAAAAGCACUUUUCUGCAUUUUUGAACCAGUCUCCGAGUGCCGCUGUAUGGGACAGAGUUGUUUUUAGCUAUGGAUUUCCAGAGGGCACCGGAGCAUACUAUUACCAAUUAGGUGAGUGCCGAUCCGUGAGUAGUAGCUAAAUAUAUAUAUAUAUAUAUAUAUAUAUAUUUAAAGUUGAUGUUUCAAGCAAUUAAAUAUUUUUAGCUAUAAAAACUUCAACUUUGCACUUUAACUCAAAAUUGCAAAAGUCUCAAAUUCGUUAAGAAAAACUGUUUUUGAAAAUUUAUAUACAAAUUGCAGGAAUGAGAAUAUAAAUGUGAUAUUCAUAUACGUGAUACAAAGGAUCAAUGUAAAUAAAACAUACCCCUGACUACUGGCUUCAAGCAGCAUCUAAAAUCCUUUAUAGUUUAGACACAGUUGCAAAUGCAUAUUUAUAAAUGUUUCAAUUUUUGAACACCAAUUUUAGAACAUCUGUCAGUAAGACAAACGUUUCAGUUCCUUUAUUAGAGCUCAGAUUUCUUUCAUAUUCAUAUGUGGGGAUGGGAAAAUCAAUUCUUCAUGGUUCAGAAAUUAUAACAUUUUCUUUUCAGGGAUCCUAAAUCAACAACUGUGACAAAAAGAUUGUUCAUAGAGGAUCAAAUAAAAAGUAGUUUGAUGGUUUUACCAAUUCUUUUUGAGGAGUAAAUUGAAUUUGAACAUAGAUUUGCAUGUACAUAAAAUGUUUUUAUCUCAAAACAUGCUUUUUCAUAAACUUUUCCAUGUGAACCAGAUUCAUAAAUAGUUUUCAAAAAUCAUAGAAUCUCUGAGUAAAUGUAAAAAAGAAUUCAGCAAACUGAACCAGGGAAGAUUUGAGCUAUCUGAAUGUGGGGGAGAUUUAUCAAAGCUUUGAGAGAGAGUUAAAGUACCAAUCAGCUUCUGUGAUUUUACAGGCUGUGGGGCUUAUUUACUAAACUUUGGAGUGAUGGGGUCUAUUUACUAAGCCUUGGAUGGAGAUAAAGUACCAGCCAAUCAGAUCCUAACUGCCAUGUCACAGGCUGGGUUUGAAAAAUUAUAGUUUGGUGCUGAUUGGCUGUUACUUUAUCUCUGUCCAACUAUCUCCAUCUGAGGCAUAGUAAAUAGACCCCAUAAAGAGGAGAGAGAUAAAUAAAGUACCAGCCAAUCAGCUCCUAACUGCCAUGUUAAAGGCUGUGUGUAAAAUGUCAGGAGCUGAUUGGUUGCUACUUUAUCUCCCUCCAAGGUUUGAAAAGCUUCCCCUUGUGAUUGAGAUUUUAAAGCCUGUACUAUGAGGUGGGUUGCUUAUAUACAAAUGUUUUUUGUGGGGUAAAGUUACAAAAUCACCUCAUAUUUUUAAAUAAUAAUAAAAUCUGUUGACGUAAUGGAUUUGCUACUAGAAGAAUUAUGCCAGCGUCUUCUUUGGUAUCAAA